AUGAAAAUUCUUUUAAUUAUCAUAAUUUCAGCAAGGUUUUCAUAAUCCCUUGAAAAUGCCGACUGUGAUAAAAAUGAAGCAUAAAUGAAAUCAAUAUUAAGAGGGCAAUAUAAGGAUGUAGCAUCCUAUUUUAAUGGAGCACUUCUAUCAUCUAUAAGAGCUAAUAUUUAAUCUCCAUCCCAAAAUAUUGAUUGUAGCCCUUUGAGAAAUUUAAAUUAUUUAUACGUAACUGGAUUAAUGGGACAUCUUGCUAAUUUUGUAGGUGGUUCAAUAAUUAUUGAAUUUAGAUAAACCUAUGAAAUUAACAAGAUUAAAUUUUGGAUGUUGGAUGAUGCUAAUAGAAUUUACUAUAUAAAAAUUUUUGCAACCGGAGCAGACAGAAAAACAGAAAACUUGUUAUAUCAGGGCUAAGUACCCUUUGGUGUAAAUACAUUCAAAUUUCAAGAUUAAUUCAUAUCAAAAUUAAGAUUCUACAAUUAAAAUGGAAAUAGUAUUAAUUAAUUUAUGUCCAUUGUAAAGAUUCAAGCAUUUUAUGAAUAAUGA